CAUGUAAACUUUCGGACCAAUCCGCAUAAGAAAAAUAAGACAACGCUUUCAUUAAUUCCGCUGUGUACAAUUCACCAGAAAUUCGCGGAGGUAAACAUCUAACGGAAAUGAAAAUCUAAUGUUUUCUGUAAUACGAUUUUUAAGAAUAUAGAUUGCUAAUAUCUCAAAAUUCUACAUAGAUCAGCUUUUUUUAGGAUUUAGAUUAUCAAAAGCGAAAUAGACGAAGUUUCCCACGAUGGCAACCUAUUAUCGUGGUAAUUGCAUCACAAGAUGAUUACGUCAUAACCAUCCAUUACGUCAUAACCUGAAAACGAUGACGUAGAAGCAGCGAGUGCCAAGCAAUACGUCUUCCUCCCCCCUCCUCCAUCCUUUAUCGACAAACUUUGACUCCACUGGCACUUAAGCUUUGAAUAAACGAGUGAUGACGUAGGCACUGGCCUGAUUGAUGACCGCGGUGACGUCACACAAUGGAACAUCAUAAACAUCGAAAAGACUGAAACAAGAAGCGCAAUGGACGGCAUGGGACUUCUACGCAAGCCGGUGUCCACCUUGUCGAUCCCUGGCUCGAUGAAAGGCGGCACGGGCGGGGGAGGCGGGCGUGGAGGCGAGGGCGAGGACCCGGCCAUAGCACUGGUGGGCGUGCGCUCGGAGUACCCACGAUACACGGAGGAGAAAACUGGGGGAGGCUCGGGGAAAACGGCCUCCUUCAGGCUCCGAAACAAGCCCAACGUCGGCUACCGGCUGGGGCGGCGCAAAGCCCUCUUCGAGAAGCGCAAGAGGAUCUCCGACUACGCCCUCGUCAUGGGUAUGGUUGGCAUCAUCGUCAUGGUCGUUGAAAAUGAGCUCUCCUCUGCCCAAGUCUAUUCGAAGGUAAGGGGAUUUUUCCGGUCUUUUCUCUUUUUUUUAAGGUAUGGAGACUUUUCCGUAAUUUUUUUUCUUCAUAUUUCUAAGGUAAGGGGACUUUUUUUUUCGUUUUCCCCCCUUUUUUUGAAGGUAUGGAGGCUUUUCCGUGUUUUUUCUUCCAUUUCUUAAAGGCAAGAGGACU